AUGGACCCACCAGGGCCAGUCAAGCGGACAUUGACGCUCAAGAUCAACACUCAAUCCAAUGGCUCGUCUCAAGCAGUCAGGACGGGAUCACCGGCAGCUACACCUGGUCCUGGCCAUAACCUCUCUGCCGCCUCGCCACCUCCUCAGACACCGGGGGGCUCGCAGGGCCCUCGCAAGAUCAAGCUCAACGUCAAGGGCGCAUCCUCACAACCACCAACACCAGCUGGUCCGAGACCGCCGUCGAUUUCCAAUACUUCAUCUCAGCCGACACUACCACGGGUGUCAACAGGAAGCUCUGCUGCGCCCAACAUCUUCAUGAGCAAGCCCAAGACAGCAAACAAAGUCUUCUUGAACGCGGCGGCAAGAAAGAGACCAAGAGAAGAGAGUGAGGCGGAGGAUGGUCCGACAGCAAACGGGAUUGGGGGGUCGCCAAGGCCCAAGAAGAUCACGAUCAAGGCACCCUCGGCCACAACACCGAUGCAAACUCCGCUUCUGACGGCUACCAAGGUUCGCUUAAAACCGCAGGGCAGGAUACCAACGCGACCGCUGGGUGAGGGUUACGAUUCGGAGGCCGAUGAUAGGGAAGUCGAUCCUGUGAUAGAAGAGCAGUUGAUCCUCCGUAUGAUGCCUGGCGAAGACUGCGACUAUCUCCGGAAAGCCGUAGCAGAGAGGAAAGUGGGCGUUCCUAAAAAUAUGGGCGGCGCCGAUGUUACAAUGAAGUUUCUGGACGAUGAAGGACGGCGAGUAAUGUUUGUCAUUCGAGGGCAACCGUACGCCGCCAUUCUGGUUGAUCUACCCACAAUCACGGAAGGCAUGAAGACAUGGGAUAAAAAGGCCAUGGUCAAGUCAGCCGACAUUUGCCAGAUGAUCCUCGUCUAUGCUAAGGUCAAAGACGAGGCAGAAGCCAAGUCGGUCCCUUUACCCAAGGCCGUCGAGCAUGGCCACAGGUGGCCCCACGGUAUCACCCCACCGAUGCACGAUGCGCGGAACCGGAGAUUCAGGAAGCGACUCAGCAAGCUGGAAAUCCAGAACAAGGAACAAGAGGUCGAGCGGUUGCUGGCAGCAGACAGAGAAGCCCUCAGCUCCAGGUACGAGCUUGUGGCAGAGGGCGGGCAAGGAAAUACCGCUGCACCCGAGUCAGACCACGAGUACGGGGACGAGGACGGUGGCAUGAGAGGCGACGAGGACCAACAAGAUUACUUUGGGGACGCUCAACACCACCAAGACGACGACAACCUCUUCGACGAUCUCGAGGCAGAAUUCGAGAACGCGGCAGAUACGCCCGCCGAAGCCAUGGACGCCAUGGACUUUGGCGCUGGCACCCCUACAGCAUUGGGCGGCAUGGAUCUUCCCACACCUGCUACGGCCAACACGGGUACGCCUACCGCUGCACAAACCGAGGAGAGUGCGGCCGAGGCAGUCAGCGAGGAGGACGAAUCCGAUGAAGAUGACGAGGAUGAUGAAGACGACAUGGACGAUGACGGCGACGAAGAGCGCCAUGACGAGGUGGCGGGUGUCAAGGCUGAGAUUGCCACCUUGAGGAAGGCACUGGCCUCGUAUGAGGAGCAAUUGUCCAAGGCAUCGAGCAUUAUCAUGAAGAAACGUCUGGAGCUAAGCAUAAAGAACAUCAAGUCGGAGAUCAAGCUGAAGCAGUCUUCGAUUGGCGAAGUGUCGGAGGAAGAUUGA